AUGGAGAACAGCAACAACAACAACAAUAACGGUCAGGACUUGACAUCAGAAGUGGGAUCUGUCCACCAGCCUUCAGCACCAGAUGGACCAAGGCGUGCCCUGAUGGAAAUCAUCACUGCUAGAUUCCGAUGCAACGCUAGGCACAUUACCAUCGUUCAAUGCUACUCCCCGACGGAAGACGCCAGCGAUGACAUCAAAGACGACUACUACAAUGCCCUCACAUCUUUACUCACCAAGAGCAAGCGAGGUGAUAUUAAAAUUCUCAUGGGAGAUUUCAAGGCGAAACUAGGCCCCAACAACUACGGAUUGGAACCAAUCAUGGGCCGGCACGGUGUGGGAACACGUAGCAACAAUGGUGAUAGGCUGGCCGACCUAUGCCAGGCAUUUCAACUAGUCAUUGGUGGCACUGUAUUCCCCCAUAAGGAAGUGCACAAGUACACGUGGACAUCACCGAAUGGGCAUACACGCAACCAAAUUGACUAUCUGUGCAUAAACCGCGAUGAAUACAAGGAACUCUGCAAGCUAGUGAAGAAAACAGCCAGAAAUGACAAGAGAGCACUGAUGGAUAGACUUGCAGAAAAUGCAGAGAGCGCCGCCAACACCAUCAACAUGCGCUCACUAUACCAGACAAUUGGUAAGCUAUCUGAAAGCUACCAAAAGCAGAACCAUCCAGUACGAGAUGUCAACGGAACACUCCUUGUCGAUGAUGAUACCCAGAUCCGCAGAUGGCGACAACACUUCUUAGAAAUUAGUCACACAGAGCAUGCGAGCAGCGCAGAUAACGACUUCAGAAGUAUUGUACCCAACACCAACACCAGAAUUCCUCACAUGGCACCAUCUGUUAGAUAUAUUCGAGAUGCAAUCAGGAAAUUGAAGAACAACAAAGCAGCUGGAGAGCACGGUUUACCCGCAGAACUGCUCCAAGUUAAGAUGCUUCUAAUGGCCGAAACGUUGCACCCGCAUUUCGAGAGCAUAUGGGAGAACGAGUUAAUCCCCCCAUCUUGGAAGAAAGGCAUCAACGUAAAAUUACCGAAGAAAGGAGACCUCAGUGAUUGCAAUAAUUGGCGAGGAAUCACCCUGCUAAACACCAGUUACAAAGUGCUAGCCACUUUACUGAAUGAACGUCAACUGGAAAGAAUCGAGCCAACAAUACACGAUGAACAAGGAGGCUUUAGGCCACACAGAAGUUGCGUGGACCAGGCGAUUCAGUAG